AUGAAAGCAAUCGUGUUGGCUGUACUCUUUAUACAACUAAGUGGGAAUGUGAAAAAUUCUAUCGGCUAUAUUGUAGGGGCUGGAUUUAACGUCCGCUUCGCUCAAUUACUCUACACGGAUACAAAAUACCAAGUCCUUCGAGAAGAGAUGAUUAAAACAAACACAAACAACCUGGUGUACCACUGUCGGGCUGACAAAAGUGACUGCGAUGCCGCCCUCGCAAAAAUGCGAUACAAAGCCAGCAAACACUUCUAUGCUCUGUCCAAGGCUGUGGUAGACUACGUGAAGAAUAAACGUCAAGCAAGACCUACAGGAUAUGUUGGUACAGCAACAUUCUGUCAGGAUAAUGUGUGUGUGCCAGACACGGAUCCACCAAUAGUGUAUGGUGGGUGUUACACCCUUAUCUCUUGCGGUGGUAACCAGACUUGGCAUCUCGAUCCAGUGGUCUAUAAGCGAAAGAGGGGGCGAAUGUAUUAA